UCUGCUGCGGCUGAUUCAACUCCUAAAAGAAAACGUAGAAGUCGUUGGGGAGAUGAACAAAAAAUCAUCAUCCCAGGAUUACCUACUGCUAUUAAUAAAAUAGACAAGGAACAAUCUGAAAAAUAUCUUUUGCAAAUUCGACUUGAAGAAAUUAACAGAAAAUUACGUACUGGUGACUAUUUACCAAGUGAAACCAGAGGUCGAUCACCAUCACCAGAACCAGUUUAUGAUGCAAAUGGCAAGCGUGUGAACACUAGAGAAGCAAGAUAUAAGAAAAAACUUGAAGACGAGCGUCACAGAUUAAUCGAAAUCGCCUUGAGGACAAUUCCUAAUUUUCGACCUCCAAUUGAUUAUAAGCGUCCUACGAAACUACAAGAGAAAGUCUAUAUUCCUUCUAAAGAGUUUCCUGACAUUAACUUUAUUGGUCAGCUAAUUGGUCCUAGAGGAAAUACAUUAAAGGGUAUGGAAGCAGAGUCUGGCGCAAAAAUCAGUAUUCGUGGUCGUGGUUCAGUAAAGGAAGGCAAAUCAAGAACAGACGCUGCCUCGAAUGCAGCCCAAGAAGAAGAUCUACACUGUCUUGUAACUGCAGAUUCUGAAGACAAGAUUAAAAAGGCUGUUAAGCUUAUUGAAAAAGUCAUUGAAACAUCUGCAUCAGUUCCUGAAGGUCAGAAUGAGUUGAAACGAAACCAACUUCGUGAAUUAGCAGCAUUGAACGGUACAUUACGUGACGACGAAGCCCAGACUUGUCUUAAUUGUGGUGCAUCUGGACACAGACGUUAUGAAUGUCCUGAAAGACAAAACAUUACAUCAACAUUAUCCUGUCACAUUUGUGGAGGCAUGGGACAUAUUUCUCGUGAUUGUACACAGCGUAACAACCCUGAAUUUGCAAAUCAAUCCCAUGAACGAGAUAGCCAGUUAGAUAGUGAAUACAUGAACUUGAUGGCUGAGUUGGGAGAAUCUGUACCUGAUGGUGCUAACAGAUCUGUAAGUAACCAAUAUAUUCUUGCUUUCGUCGUAUUAAUUUUAUCAUUUCCUUGUAAAGCAUGCUGCACCUUGGCAACGCCCUGGUGGAACUGCUCCUCCAUGGCAACAACGUGCUGCUGCUCCCGCUGCUCCUGCUGCUGCUGCUCCUUGGGCAGCUGGUGCUGCCGCUCCCGUUCCCGCUCCACCCGGCGUAGGCGAUGCUGCUGCUGCUGCUGCUCCUUGGGCUGGAUAUCCUGGUUACGGCGCACCGCCCGCCGGAGGUGA